ACUCCAGCAUUCACACUACACAGUAGAUUAUCGCUAUAAAACACAAACACCACCACCCGUUUCUAUAAAGGCGCCUUCCCAAGCUGAGUACAGAAAUUCUCCAUUGACGGUGCCGGAAAAUACUUAAACCACAUUGUGUGCUCUAAAACUAUCAGUUCUCAAUAUGUCGCAUCAGCGCCCAAGCUCCGCCGCCAGUAUGCAUACAAUCUUUGACGCAGAGCUAAAGACAGUGGAUGCUCGCCCAAUUUCCACCAUUCCAGCAGACCAUAGUGAUCCUAACCACCCACAUAAUGGCGACGUGGAACGUCAGAUUGGCUCACCUCGCAAGUCACUUCCCAGCAAGAAGAUACUGUGGAUUCUUGGUCUUGUUCUUCUGGCCCUCGGCACGCUUGGAGCUGCUGUAGGGCUCGGUGUGUGGUCUGGUAAAAACCACGGGGAGAGCAGUGAUGAUGCAGGCCGUGUUGAGAAUGCGACGGCUACCGUCUUCACGACCGUUGACCCAGUCGACAUCGCUACUACGACUCUAAUCAAGACCAUCGACGGGACCAGUGCGACCACGAUCGUCACGCUUGCACCGAUGCCAAAUAACCAGGUAUGCAAAAAAGGCGGACGAUGGCCCUCAGAAGAAUUGUGUAGGGAGGCCUGCGUUGGCAUCCAAGGGUACGAGCUCGUUCAUUGCGGGAAAUUCGACGACAAGGGACAUUUUUGGCAAUGUCAUCAAUGUGCGGCCGUCAAGCCUACUGUUUCCUUCAAACCGCCAGUCCCAGUGGAAGCCACUCCGAUACCCGAUCCGAAGUCUGUCGCAUCUCCGCCGGGUUCGUCAGGUCCGAAGGAGGAGAAGGAAGGGCAAUGCUUGAUCAGUGGGCACUUUUCUUCAAAGGAUGAGUGCAGUGAUCAUUGCAAGAUUGGUGCGGCUGGUGACGAGAAGGUAGCGAGCUCACGGCCGCGCAAACGGGAAGAUCCAGACCAUUGUAAUAUCACAACCGAUAGACGUACAGAAUUGGAGAUCAAUUCCUCACGUCCCAAGACGCGUCCACCCGACAACUCCAAUCAACCAGCUUCAGAACCAAUGUCAGCGAACAAACUAACCAAUAUCCCCCUACACGCCGCCGAAAAUCCGAUUUCUCCAUCUGGCAUCAACAUGCCUGCGGAGCGCUAUCCAACGGAUCUACCCCCGCGUCGCCGCAAACCCUCCCGCUUGAGCAACAUCCUUCACAACCGUAAGCUCGGUAUUGCUGUCGGACUCCUACUCUUCUCCCUUCUGGUCGUCGGUACCGCAGCUCUAGGCUUUUUCGUAGGUGGACGGCGCAACAACGAAGGCAAAACCACUGUCCACGCAAACGCAUCUUACCCGAUUGCCACUGUUCGUCCCACGGAAACUGUCAAGGUCAUCGUCGGCUGGGAGACCGCCACGCAGCUAGUGACUCACGCACAAGGACUGUCUACUACGAUGGUGACAAUCUUCGUGACGCCGCCUAACAAGAUGGAUGGGGUGGCAGAGAUGACGCGGAAUAUGGGAUCGGAUUCUCGCACUGAGUAG